AUGGCUGCCUUUCCCUGCAUGACCAUAUUUUUCCUGGUAUCCUCCACUUUGGCACAGAUUGUUUUUUCAGAAAUCUUCAAACCACAUGACUAUUCUAAAUGGCCUAUGCCCCCAUGUAAAAUGUACUACCCACUGGAUCCUCUUUAUGACGCAAACUGUCCUGAGGUGACAGCAUAUGUUUGUGCUACAAAUGGCCACACUUACAAGAAUGAGUGUUUCCUUUGUGUUGAUCAGUGGGAAUUCGGUCCUCAUAUUAAAUUUGAUAAAUACGGAAAAUGUGAUUAA